GAUUCUGAGUUAUACAGAGAGAUAAUAGCUUACGAUUCCCCUGAGAGUCCUCGUUAAAUUCUUCUUCAGGUUUAUGUAUAUUAACAAUAGUUUCUUCAGAUCAAUCGAUCGCCGGAAAAACGAGUUAGAACUGAGAAGAAAGGCGGUGACGUGAGGUGAAAACGGAGAGUUUGCCAGUCAAAGAUGCUCGGAAAAUGUGGAAGGGAAUCAGAGACAGAGAAGCGGGAAAACUCCGCCCAAAUUCCUUCUCGAAUCGGAUAAAAUCCGGCCGUAUUUCCGACCUCCAAAUCUCCAAUCACAAAGACAUCGUCUCUCCUCACAGAGGCGCCAUCAACUCCCUUCAAGUUGAUUUGACAGAGGGAAGGUAUUUGUUAUCCGCCGCAUCAGAUGCAUCAGCUGCUGUUUAUGAUAUUCAACGUGCUACGGAUUAUGAGGGAGCUGGUCUUAUUGCGAAGCACAAGAGCAUUUUUUCUGUUGACAAGCAACAUGGAAAUGGACAUAAAUAUGCCAUUUCAUCAGCCAUAUGGUAUCCUGUAGACACAGGGCUGUUCAUAACUGGUUCAUAUGAUCAUUAUAUAAAAGUCUGGGAUACAAAUACCACACAGGUGGUGAUGGAUUUUAAAAUGCCUGGAAAGGUUUACAGAACGGCUAUGUCUCCAUUGGCAACAUCUCACAUGCUAAUUGCUGCUGGAACUGAAGAUGUCCAGGUUCGCCUCUGUGAUAUUGCCUCUGGGGCAUUUGCGCACACAUUGUCAGGUCACCGUGACGGUGUAAUGACAGUGGAGUGGUCUGCUUCCAGUGAAUGGAUAUUGAUAACAGGAGGAUGUGAUGGUGCAAUACGUUUUUGGGACAUUAGACGUGCUGGUUGCUUCCGUGUUCUAGAUCAAUCUCAAUCUCAGCUUGGAAGACGCCCACCUGUCUUGGAACGUGCAGCAUUGAAUAAGUCUUUGUCAGCUGGUCAGAACUCAUUAACAAGGUCACGAGCACCACAUAAGAAACAUGCUAAUGGGCAUGGCCCAAAACACUCAACCAUUUCUCGAAUGCCAGCUAAGGGAUCUGUCAGGCAAAGAUUACAUCCAGGGAUGCUGUCUAGUCAGGACCGUGCCACUGCUCAUUAUGGUAUUGUAACUGGUUUGAAGGUUACUGAGGAUGGCAUGUAUCUUUUAAGUGCAGGAUCUGAUUCGAGAAUAAGGUUAUGGGAUCUUGAAUCUGGCCGCAAUACACUUGUAAACUUUGAGACAGUGCGCCUACAGACUAGCAAGGCCAUUCAGUUAGCCACAUCUCAGGAUUCAGCUCUGGCAUUUGUUCCAUGCAUGGCAGUUGUGAAAGCAUUUGAUAUUUGGUCUGGUAAAACCUCCCUAGCAUUCCAUGGGCACUAUGAAUGCGUGAAUUGUUGCUGGUUUAAUUCACAGGAUCAGGUACAACAGCCCACCUCACAUAUUUUUCAGUUUCUUAAUCACCAUAAAACAUAAGGAAGAACACUCUAUGACUCAUUUACUUAGCCAGCUCAUGCCAUUUACUGUGAGUCAUAACAUCCUGUUGGUGAGAUAAGUUGAUGAGAAAUACUUAAGUAUGACCAUCUUCUUACAACAAACAAUUUAUUUCCAGUGCAUAUUUUUAGUUUCAACUUAUAUCCUGACUAAUUUCUUCAUUAUUCUAGGAACUAUACACAGGUGGCAACAAUAGACAAAUCCUUGUCUGGUCUCCAGGCAGAUUGAUUUCUGAUGAAAUGAAUGAAGCACGGACUGAUGAUCAGGAUAACUGGAGUGAUUGAAAUCUGCUGCUACAUCAAAUUGCUUCACCUCUUUCUGCCAUCUAAAAUUCCUUCUUUAUACUUAUUCGAACCGUGUAUCUUUGUACAUACUACAGAUUACAGAUUUUGUUGUUUACAUCAACAUUUUUGUUAAAUACAGCUCUAUAUAUAUU